AGCCGUUCUGGCUCUGGCGGGUGAGGGCCCGCAGAGCUUCCGCAGGCGCACUUCAGAGCGGCUCGUCUGCGGGGAGCCAUGUCCGGGCUGUGAGCAGCUCGGGCGUUCGGCACGGCGACGCGCCCAGCAUGGGGCCUCUUGCGGUUCUUCGUGCAAGGGGCGCGGUCCUGGGGAGUUGCACGCCCACGCGCUGUGCGAGAUACUGAUCCGGGAGCUCGUCAAGGCCAGCUUGGCGGACAGCGGGCACUACAUCGGGGACGACCUGGGGUGUGGGUUCCCGAUCGCCGAGGUCGAGGAGGCAGGCGAGGGCAUGGACGUGGCGCAUGUGCAGGAGUGCGGCGUGCUCCCCCCGUCCCCGCCUUCCCGACGCUGAUUCAAGGGACCCUUGAUGAGGUCAACGGCACCAUCGAGGCGGACUCCGAGCGGGUCCAGGCGAUGGUGGAGGACAUGCUGGAGCCCGUGAGCGUGGUCGACAUCGACGGCUUAGGCUCCGAUCGGGUUUCCGAGACGGAGGACGAGGUCAAGGGCACCAUCGAGGCGGACUCCAAGCGGGUCCAGGCGAUGGUGGAGGACAUGCCGGAGCCUACGAGCGAGGUCGACUACGACGGCGCAGGCUUCGAUCGGGAUUCCGAGGUGGAGAAGGUCGGGACGACGCUGAGGCUGGUUGAAGAGGCCCUGGACGAGGUCGAUGGCACCAUCGAGGCGGAUUCAGAGCGGUUCCAGGCGACGGCGGUGGACACGGUGGUGGACACGCUUGAGCCCGUGAGCGAGUUUGACAACGACGGCACAGGCUUCAAUCGGGCCUCCGAAACGGAGCAGGUCGGGACGACGCUGACUGAAGGGACCCUUGAUGCGGUUAAGGACAUGAUCGAGACGGACUCCAUGCUGGUCCAAGUGAUGAUGGAGGACAUGUUGGAGCCCGUGAGCGGGGUCGACGGCGGCUUGGACCGGGACUCCGAGACGGAGGAGGUCGGGACGACGCCGAAGCUGCCGACGGCGCCGCACACCGUCGAGGUCGCUAAGCAGGAGGGCGCCACGGAGAGCGAGGUGGAGCUCGGUGAGCAGCAGCGCCUUGGCUCCGUGAUCAAGGCCAACCAGGAGGCCUCCUCGCGGGUGGUCGCCGCGCGCGCCGCCCGCCGGGCCCAGUGGCCGCUCGCCACCUAUGUGCUGGUGGGCGAGGCGCUGGAGGCCCCUGUCGGGGCGGCGGAGGCGCAGGUCGAGGGCUGCUCCGAGAUGCCGUCCGCCGCGGCCCAGGAGGUCCAGGGGCUCGAUGAGGCGACGGUGGCGCUGAUCGAGUCCCGCUACCAGAGGGCGACGGCCACGGGGUUCGGAGGGGUGGAAUGGGACAGCUUCGCGCCGCGCAUGGCCACGCUGAAGCUCCUGGCCGCAGCUCGUUCAGAGGGCUGAGUGGGCGGCAGCAGCGCGUAGUUGCUGGACUCGGCUCGGAAUGCUGGUUCUUUCUGGGGGGGGCCUGGGGGCUGCCUCGGUUCGGGCCGCGGGGUCCUGGGUGCGGCCCUGGUGGCUGCGUUCGGUUGCCCGUGGGUCUCCGUCCCUGCGGGGGUGGUGGGGCCUUGGCCACGGCUUUCCCCUCCUGGGAGGUCCGUCGCUGCGGUGCACCUGUCUGGUGGGGCCCUCGGGCUCUUCGUCGCCACUCCCGCUCGCGAGUCGCAGCGUCGGCAGGUGGACUUUUGUCCGCCCGACCCCAUCCCCAUGCCCAUA